GCCAUGACAACAUGUGUUUAUCGACCCAUCAUCAGAAAAGUCGACGAAGUAAUAUUCGAAAUAAAAUACAUUUUGUGUUGUGGAAAUGUCUUACCUGUGCCUUGGCCCAAUGAGUGCUGGAAAAACGCUGCUGCUAACCUGCUUGCAGAAGCCCGAUUCCGUAAACUUCACUUCCCAUUCGGUACCUAGCGUGGGAACAAACUUGUACACCAUUAAGAUACCACCCAUCGUCAUUGACGAAAAGGAUGUUAAUCAAAAGAUUCCGCCACCGGGAAAGCGUAAAGAAUUGGUGCAGGUGCGUGAGGUUGGCGGUUGUCUCGCGCCUAUUUGGCGUGACUAUUUGGUGAAUCCUGUCGAGAAGCUUAUCUACGUGGUGGAUACAUCAAAUCUGUGUCAAAUAUCCGCCGCUGGUGUGCUUUUGUACUCCAUGCUAGCCGAACCGAGGUUGCAAAAGACGAAAUUUUUGCUCGUUCUUUCCAAAAUGGACCUAGCAUACAGGCAGAUGCGUAACGAGGCGCUGCUAAUGCUGCAAAUGGAAAAGUUUCAAAAGCAAAUCCCGCAACACAUCACGAUCAUUCAGUUCAGUGCUAUUACCAAGGAAGGAAUCGACGAAGUAUACGAUUGGUUAGCAAUGAAUUAACGACCCCAUAUCUGCAAAAGAGUAUAAUUAGGCUACACUUCUAGAAAGAGAUUUGAUUAUCUUUUAAACAUACCUUCUAUUUUCGGACGAAUUUAGCAACAUGCAAGACCCUGUUUUGAGUCAAGGAUAACUUUUUUUCGAUAGGAAGUUUGUGAGUUGUUUUGAAGUUUUACAAACACUCGAGAAUAGUAAAACUACGUUAUAUUGUUACAAUAUCAAAAUGAAUCGAGCAUAGACACUUUUGUUAUUUGCUAGGUACAUAACAACUAUCAAAUAUAUUCAAAAACAUUUGAAAGAAA